GGUGAUGCUAAAAGGGGGUGGUAACUGUUGAUUGCAUUUAAUGGCUGUUCAAGGUUUUCAGAUUAUUAAAACUCACAAAUUUCCCGACAGUCUCUUAUACGUAAACAACGGCUUAUAAAUCCUCAAUCCGCGCACUGUUUACACCCGCAUUAUCAACCGUUAUCAGCUGUUAUUCCCGGUCCCGUCGUCUCUGAUAACAUGGUUAUCUCUCCGUGUUGCUCGUCGUAGGCCCAGCAGGCAGCUUCGUUCACUCAUUGAUUUGCGGUCAGUCGUCGCGGUUACUCCAGUUCCUCCUCCCACACGAAAACGCAGAGAAGAUGUCCAGUUCAGGUUCCAAUGUGAAGCGGGUUCUGUCCAUCCAGAGCCAUGUGGUCCAUGGCUAUGUGGGCAACAAGGUGGCCACCUAUCCCCUGCAGCUGCUGGGCUUCGAUGUGGACCCUCUGAACUCGGUGCAGUUUUCCAAUCACACCGGCUACAAGACCUUCAAGGGACCCGUUUCCAACGAGAAGGAAUUGGCCACAAUUUUCGAGGGCCUGGAAGAGAACGAGCUGCUGCCCCAGUACUCGCACCUUCUGACUGGCUACAUCGGAAAUCCUCUGUUCCUACGCCAGGUAGGCGUCAUUUUGAAGAAGUUGCGCCAGGCUAAUCCCAAACUGGUCUAUGUCUGCGAUCCCGUGAUGGGCGACAACGGUCAGCUGUACGUACCGAAAGCGCUGCUGCCCGUGUAUCGUGACGAAAUUAUUCCCCUGGCGGACAUCAUCACGCCGAACCAGUACGAGGUGGAGCUACUCACCGAGAAGGAAGUUCGCAGCGAGGCAGCCGUUUGGGAGGCAAUGGAUUGGUUCCACAAGCGCGGCAUCAAGACGGUUGUUAUCUCUAGCAGUGAUCUCGGCCAGCCGGGCGUUCUGCGCGCCUUCCUCAGUCAGUUGAACGGUCCCCGUCUCGCCAUCGAUAUACCCAAGCAGGGCGGCAAGGAUCUGGUCUUUACCGGCACCGGUGAUCUGUUCGCAUCGCUCUUCCUGGCCCACAGUCAUGAAAGCAGCGAUGUGGCUGCCGUCUUUGAGAAGACCAUUGCCAGUCUCCAAGCAGUGAUUAAACGCACAGUGGCAGCUCUGCCUAAUGGAGGAAAUGGUCCAGUGAAGGCCUCCGAAAGGGAACUGAAGCUAGUGCAGUCCAAGUCGGAGAUUGAACAGCCCCAAGUGCUGCUCAAGGCGCAGCGACUUAACUAGGAAGGAAGAGCAUAUGCCCAGGUCAACGGUUACCUUAAUUAUAGUACAUAUUAUACUUGUUCACGGACAAUAAUCUUUUGAUACCUUGAGAUCAGCAUUGUUAUAGGAAAAUAUAUUACCAUUAUAAAUCAACAAAUCAAAUGUAAACAUAUAUAUGAUCAGACAAGCUCUUUGAUACCUUAAGUUCAACAUUUUAUACGCAUUAUUAUAACAAUUACUUAUACAAAUAUACACACAAAUAAAUAAAUAUGGCAAAUCAAAGUGUCAGCCAUUAA